GACCUGAGCCUUGAGCUCAGGUAUAGGCUCUGAGACAAGUCUGAGGGGGACUGAGUCAAAGGACCUUGCACCUUGCACCCUGGGGGACACCUCGACCCAGGCUCAUCCCUCCUUCAGCCUGCCAGUCCUUCCUUCCAUGGCGGCCUUGGGCCACUGUUCUGACUCUGGAAGAAGCCUUUGGACCUUCCACCCCUUCCUCUUCAGUACACAGUCUGGCAUGGAGCUCAGUCCCUCCUAGAAAGGAAGAAAAUCCGUCAGAGCUUCUCAGUCUGGAGCAUAGAAAGCUGGAGAGAUCUGGGGAUAGUUCCAUUUUGAGAGGGGGAGGCUCUGCACAGCCUUGGAAGUCUUCGUGCAGGAAGCACCAGAGAAUUCUGUGUCGGUGUGAGAACUAGCGCUCCUGGUGGUGGCCGCUGACCAUGGAGGCACCCCUGCAGACGGAAAUGGUGGAGCUGGUGCCCAACGGCAAACACUCGGAGGGGCUGCUCCCAGCACCCACCCCGAUGGCAGGCCACCAGAGGGUCGAGGGCCCCAGACGGAGCUGUGUUGAGGGCGAGGGCUUCCUACAGAAAAGCCCCAGCAAGGAGCAGCACUUCACUGACUUUGAGGGGAAGACCUCAUUUGGGAUGUCGGUGUUCAAUCUCAGCAACGCCAUCAUGGGCAGCGGCAUCCUGGGGCUCGCCUAUGCCAUGGCCAACACGGGCAUCAUCCUUUUCCUGUUCCUGCUGACAGCCGUCGCCCUGCUCUCCAGCUACUCCAUCCACCUGCUACUCAAGUCCUCAGGGAUCGUGGGCAUCCGUGCCUAUGAGCAGCUGGGCUACCGUGCCUUUGGGACCCCAGGAAAGCUGGCCGCGGCCCUGGCCAUCACGCUGCAGAAUAUUGGAGCCAUGUCCAGCUACCUGUACAUCAUCAAGUCUGAGCUGCCUCUUGUCAUACAGACCUUCCUGAACCUGGAGGAGCAAACCUCGGACUGGUACAUGAACGGGAACUACCUGGUGAUCCUAGUUUCUAUCACUGUCAUUCUGCCUCUGGCACUGAUGCGGCAGCUUGGCUACCUGGGUUACUCCAGCGGCUUCUCUCUCAGUUGCAUGGUGUUCUUCCUAAUCGCAGUCAUCUACAAAAAGUUCCACGUGCCCUGCCCACUGCCCCUCAACUUUGCCAACAUCACAGGCAACGUCAGCCUCAUAGAGGUCACCAAGGAGGAGGCGCAGCUGCAGGUUGAGACAGAGGCCACAGCCCUCUGCACCCCAAGCUACUUCACACUCAACUCACAGACGGCAUAUACCAUUCCCAUCAUGGCCUUCGCCUUUGUCUGCCAUCCGGAGGUGCUGCCCAUCUAUACAGAGCUCAAGGAUCCCUCCAAGAAGAAGAUGCAGCAUAUCUCCAACUUGUCCAUCGCUGUUAUGUACGUCAUGUACUUCCUGGCUGCCCUCUUCGGCUACCUCACCUUCUACGAUGGGGUGGAGUCGGAGCUACUGCACACCUACAGCAAGGUGGACCCAUUUGAUGUGCUGAUCCUCUGUGUGCGUGUGGCCGUGCUGACAGCAGUCACGCUCACCGUGCCAAUCGUUCUGUUUCCGGUGCGCCGAGCCAUCCAACAGAUGCUGUUUAAGAACCAGGAGUUCAAUUGGCUGCGGCACACGCUCAUUGCCAUUGGCCUGCUCACUUGUAUCAACCUGCUGGUUAUCUUCGCUCCCAAUAUCCUGGGCAUCUUCGGGGUCAUCGGUGCCACAUCUGCCCCAUGCCUCAUCUUCAUCUUCCCUGCCAUCUUCUAUUUCCGCAUCAUGCCCACCGAGAAGGAACCUGCAAAGUCUACCCCCAAAAUCUUGGCCCUUUGUUUCGCUGUGCUUGGCCUCUUGCUGAUGACCAUGAGUUUGAGCUUCAUUAUCAUUGACUGGGUGUCAGGGACUGACCGGCAUGGAGGAAGCCACUAGGAGGAGACACCCAUCCUGUUCUGUCUACUCGUCCAAGUACCCCCAGAGUCUUCAGCCCUUGCUCCCGGAUCCAGCCAAGGGGGAAGAGAAAGACAUGGUUAACACUAUGGCAUUUGGCCCUGCCUCACAUCCUCUCUGUGGAAGGUUUAUGCUAGAGCCAGGACCAAGGCCCUUGGACCAUUACCUUGCUGGGCUCCUGGGCUACAGGGGCUUCCAGAGCUGAGAGCAGGGUGGGACUGUAUGCUUGCUCCCUUCCUCUUGCCUCAGAUCCCACCCAAGUCUGUCCUCCUUGCACAGAUGCAUACACUGAGGCCCUGCAGCUGCCUCCUGAGGUCACACAGCCUAUAGGGCACAUAGAGCUGGAACCCACGCCUGCAGCAAUCUCCCCACUUUGCUGCUGGCCCAUGGCUUGCACCCUGGGGCCUCAUCUCCCUCAGUGCACUUUCCUUCCCCCACUCCUUUCCCCGAGGCCCCUUUCAGUCACUUGGACUCAGGCCUUGGAUACUCUUGUCUCCAUCUCCCAUCCCUGUCACCAGAAGCAAUCCACCCCCCAUACCUAGAGCCAGCAGGUUCUUUUGAGUGUGAGGCUGGUGUGGGCACCUCCAAGGGAUCCCUACCCUGCCGCUUCACCAGUCCUGGGGAGGCUGGGACUCCCCCACCCCCACCCCAAGCCUGGGCCAUAGCUUACAUUCCACUACUGGGAGAAGAAAGAGGCUGGGGCCCAGAGUGUCUCUAUCCCUGGGAGCCAAAGACCCCAGGGGCUGGUCUGGGGCAGGAGUGGAGAGGCGGUGGGCCUCCUUUUAUAAAUAUUAUACAUAAGACCAGCUAUGUUGUGUAUUCUUGA